AUGGCGACUCCAUCAGCAAAGCCGGGUGCAACUCCCACUCACCUCACCUCAUCGCCUCACCCAUCCUCCGCGCCCCUCUCCCGCUCCAUUGCUCACAAGUCGCCUUCAAUGAGAACCCCGACGGCCUCAGGCCCAGGAUUGAACCAGCCAGCAAGCACUUCGUCGCAUCAGUAUACCACGCCUCUCGCGACGACAAGCGCUGUGGAUGAUCCCGUCAAUUUCAGUUCCCCCUCUGCGCUCCUCGCGCUUGGCGGUUACGCUGGGAUCAGUCCCUCACCUGCUGUGCAUGAUAGCUUGGUUGGCACCAGCAUGAACGAGAAUGAUAUCCAGAACCUGGGUAUGCAAGGCCUGAAGCUCGGGGUCGCAAGGGAUAACGACGAGGAACAAAGGCAUCGCAUUGAGGAAGUUGUCCGGAGCCUUCGCACGCGCGUUGCAGGAAGAGGGGUUUCUCGGGACGGCAUAGAGCGGCUGAGUCGCCUGGAAGGCCUUGAACGUCUGUGGCAAGAUGACAACAUUAAUAUUGCAGGCAACUUCGUUGACUUGGAGAUCGAAUUUCACGCCGGCAACGACGUCGUUAAAGAGGUGAAUUUACAAUAUGCGACUGCGGAACACACCGAGGGUGGGCGGCGCGAAGCUGCUACUUUGGUCCUGAAACGAAAUCUCAUACAAUCCCUCCAGGACGCCGAUUCAGGGAAAUGGAGAUCGCUCGGUCCGUUUUACAAAAAUCUGCAAUGGCUGGCGAAGCUGGACAAGCUUAGCCAGGAGGUGAACUGCUUCGAGGCACUCGAGGGUCUUGAGGAUAAUCUUAAGCGCAUCUGGGCGGAAGAAAACAAGGAUGGACAGCACGGAGGUGAUCAUGAACAUCUUUGCAAUGGGGUCAUUGGUCGCCCGACGAUGCAUAAGGGCACUCGGGUUGGACUAGGCCUGGAAUACUGGGUUGAGCAAGCGAAGCUACUGGAUUCAAAGAAUAUUGCUACAUCUGCCGAUUCAAUGGCGAUAGACCACCCGCAAGAGACAGAUCCAGAGGUCGAAGACCAACAAAAAGCAUGGACUGUAAUGAUUGAAUGUGAAGAAGGAUACCCAUCCUUACGCAUCUCGAAAGAAUGGGUCGGAAACGAGAUUUUCGGACCCAGAGAGCGCAGUGAAUCGUUGCCCUCAAUUGGGUCUGCGGAGUCAGUAAACUGGCUUGAGCCGCCUCAGACCAUGCGCUUGCCACACGGCGACCAUCCCGAUUCCAUGGCUCUCGAUUCAAAUAUGCUGGGACAUUCACCCCCUAAUCGUCGAUUUGUCGCCAAAUUAGAACCUCCCCUUGACAUUCCAAUUCUCGCUGCCUCCAAUAUUCAUCAACACCUUGGUAUGCAAUUACCUCAAGAUUUCAAAAUGGUGACCUAUGAUGGGUUGUUAGUCCCAGGACCAGCGACGGACUCCUCAGCUCAGGCUGGUCGAAGAAAGCACAAGGCUUCCGUCCAAGCACCCGAUUCAAUGGGAAACCCUCGCACAAAAGAUCAUACAUACACCUUCCAAGCAUUCGAAUCUGUCACAGGCCGUACAAUUUCCGAACUCCCCUUUUCUCAUCCUCGGCAGCUCGCCGAAAUCUUGCCGGUAAGCUUCUUGAUCCCUAAAUCAUUAUACGACGAGCCUUUAAUUCCCCCCCUUUGUCAAGAAAAGAAACCCGAGCCACCAAAGACCGUGUUGUUCAACUCUUCCAUACUCGCAGAUCCCAUUUCAGAAUUACUUUCUCAAAACGAUGGACUCACCAUCCUGAGUAAUGAAGACCCCAACGAGGAUAGGUUGAAUUUUCUCUUGGGCGAUGGGUUGGAAAGUGGCACCGACUGCGCCACCAAUGGCACUCAACCUAGUGAUCCUGCAGAUAAUGGUAUCAAAGUGGACAUCACAUUACGCACACAACUCGGACAAGCGCCGGCUCUCAUGCUUUUCAUCACUGAUGCCACCCGGGCCACGGAUCGGACUCAGCAUGACGACCCGUUAAUAUCAAUUUGUUUCGAGGUUGGUCUUAAUGGCCGUAUAUCAACGGUGGACAGCUCAGGACUUGCGCAAGGCAAAACACAACAUUACAAUGGCGACUCAGAGAUGCAGGGGGCAGAUGACUCCGGAUCUGAGUUGGAGCUGCAGAAUAUACACAGGAAGAUCGCCAGGGUCCUAGAGAUCUCUCAGGACAUCGGCAUUCUGGUGGAGUGGGUCCUGCGUUGGCAGCGGCAGCGGGCCGUCAGCGGCUGA